AUGAUGCUGCCUCUGAGCACCAUCGAGGCCCAGGAGACCGAGGAGGUGCAGACCAGGCCUCCGGAGAAAGGAGUCUUGCUUUCUGUGAAGGCUGAUGUUCCGCGAAAGAAGUCCAAGAGAAUGAAGGGAACGGUGUCCUUCAGAGUCCUGCCGUUCUGCCCCGUGGUCCCCUGGACUUCUUCGGAGCCAGCCCUGCCCGGGCCCCCAGGACAAGCGGUGAGCAAGCCGGCGCGCUCCAGCCCAGAGGCCCAGACCGAGCCCGGGUCCGGAGGGAGCACCUGUGGUGCCAUGAUGCUGCCUCUGAGCACCAUCGAGGCCCAGGAGACCGAGGAGGUGCAGACCAGGCCUCCGGAGAAAGGAGCCCUGCUUUCUGAGAACCCUGAUGAGCCUCGAAAGAAGCCCAGAGGAAUGAAGGGAAGACUGUCUUUCAAUGUCCUGCCGUUCUGUCCCAUGCCGAGUGUCUGCUUCACCUAUUAUGUGGAACCCGAUGACCCUGAGCCCGAGCCCCAGGUGGCUCCUGACGCUUCGAAAUCGGACCCGAAUUGCAGCUUCGUCCCUCUGCCUGUGCUGGAGUUCCGCGAGGUCAAGGUGUGCGAGUGCCCCCUGUGCUGCCUCAGCUUCGUCACUGCUUCCUAA